AUGUUGUAGUAUUUGUACAGUACAAAAAUGACCAUUGUAUAUAGAGAAUAUACAAAAGAUCUAAAAAAGUGUUCAAUAAUAUAUUAAUACAAAACUUCAUUUUCACGAUAAUUUGAAACGAUAAGAAUAGAUAUAAUAGUUUUAAUUAUAAAAAUCGUUAAAUUCAUAAAUAGAAUUUGUGAAUAACUCUAUAAAUUUAACAUAACAUUCAACGUUCUAUUAAUUUAAAAGUUAUUUUUUAUCAUUAUGUAUUUAAACUAUAUUUGAAUGCGUAUUUAAAUGUAUAUUUUCUUAAAAUAAAAUUUGACAAUCUAAGAUAUACAAAAAUAAAAAGAAAAAAUCACAUCGUAUAAAUUUUUUAAGACAAAAAAUAAUAAUAAAUUUUAAAAUUAUAAAAUAAAAAAAUUUUAAAAUUUAAAAAAGUUUUAAAAAAUUUUAAUAAAAAAUUAAACUAUAAAUAUAUAAACUUGAGGAAUCACAAAUUAGGCAUGUGAUUUUGUAACGACAAUGGAUACAGCUCCUCGUCAACACCAUGAACAUCAAUCAUAUAAAAAAUAUAAAAAAUAUGAGUAUCAGAAAUUUUGAGGCGAUAGAAUUUUAAAAUAAUAAUAAAAAAAUAAGUAUCGGUUAAUUUGUGACGAUAAUAUUAAAAUUGAUUAAAAAAAUGUGAGUAUCUAACGAUAGACGACGAUAAUGUAUUAAAAUAAUAAUAAAAAUGUAUUAUCGUUUCAUUUUGUCCGAUACUCAUGCGAUUUUAACAAGUGUCAAUUUUUGGUAUAAUAUCGGUAAUAUUGAAACGAUACUCUAUUAAAAUAAUAAUAAAAAUUUAUUAUCAUUUAUGCAUGUGCGAUACUGCAGCUGAGUUGACAAAAAAAGUACCAAACAGAAAAUUAGUUUUAAAAUAUAUCUAUUUUAAGAAAUUAUUUUUAAAAAAGUAUUAUUUAAAUAAAAAAACCCAAAAUUUAACCUAUUCAUAAAUUUUAAAAUAUAUCUAAUAAUUUAAAAAUCUCACCCGCUUAUUUAUUUUGUUAACUCAAGUAAAGAAAAAUAAAUCUAAAUACAUAAUACAAUUAACUAGUAAUUACAUCUGCUCUUAACGCGUCUACCCGCAGUCAGAAAAUGGCACCCCGUAGCGACAGGGAUGACCAAAACGACGCCGCUUCUUCCCCGCCGCUGACGGAUGAAAAACCAACCACCGCUAAGAGACAGCAACUCACCACCUCUACAGAAACCGACCAACAAACCCUCACAUCACCUUCUUCACCACCUUCCUCCUCAAUCCCACGCAUGCCUCCCGUCAACUCACUUCACGCGCCGCCGGUUCCCACCCUUCCCUUCGAACUCAUCAUCGAAAUCCUCCGGUGGAUCCCUGUGAAGUUUAUCAUGCAACUUCGCUGCGUAUGCAAGUCCUGGAAAUCCCUAAUUUCGGAUCCCGAAUUCGCCAAAAAGCACCUUCGCGAGUCACCGACGGUAACGAACCUCGUCCUAAGCUUCGUUGCUAAGCGCUCACGCGAGUUCAGUCUUCAGGCUUGCCCUCUUCCUUCAGUGUUUGACGACGUCACCGUUAACGCCACGCAGCUAAGGUACCCUUUGGAAACUCGAAGGCGAUUCGAUUUGAUCGUUGCGUCUUGUGACGGCGUUAUCUGUUUUGCCACUGAUCAAAGUUAUGCUCUUUUAUGGAACCCUUCUAUUGGGAAAUUCAAGAAAUUGCCGUCUCUGGAGAAUCAAAGGCGUGAGGGUAGUUAUACGAUUUAUGGGUUUGGUUAUGAUCGUUUCACUGAUAGUUACAAGGUGGUUGCCAUUUUUUGCUAUGAAUGUGAUAGUGGUGGUGCUUUUUACGAAACUCAAGUUAAGGUUCUCACUUUGGGUACCGAUGCUUGGAGGAGGAUUCAAGAGUUUCCUCCUGGGGUUCCUUUCGAUGAGUCAGGGAAAUUUGUGAGUGGCACUAUUAAUUGGUUGGCAUCUACUAAUUCAAGUUCUUUGUGGGUUAUUGUUUCUCUUGAUUUGGGGAAGGAGACAUAUCAAGAGCUUUUGCAGCCUGAUUAUGGAGGAGUAGCUGUGGUUACCUUGACUUUGGGAGUGUUGAGGGAUUGCUUGUGCAUCCUUUCUCAUUGUGACACGUUUUCGGAUGUUUGGCUUAUGAAGGAGUAUGGAAAUAAAGACUCUUGGAAUAAAUUGUUCAGUGUUCCUUACAUGGGAAAUCCUGACUUUUUUCCAUACACUAAGGCACUUUGGAUUUCUAACGAUGACAAAGUACUAUUGGAGUUCCAGUCAAAGUUAGUUGUUUAUGAUUCAAGAAAUGGCACUUUUAAGUUCCCCGAGAUUCAAAAUGUCAAUGGCUGGAUGAUCCCUGAGGUCUACGUUGAGAGUUUGAUAUCACCUUGUUCUUAAUAUUAGGAUGUAAAGGCUAUGCUAUGUUACUGGUGCAUGAGGUUGUUGUUGAAUUCACCAACUACCAAAAAGUGGGUGGAUGUAGUCCACAGUAGACAGAUUCAUUAAUCCAUACACAACUCCCAAUAAGGCAUAAAGCUAUAAAAGUGUGACUAAUUCAAUUAUAUGAUCAUCUUCUUUUGACUUUUGAGAAGGAAGAAGAAUUGAAGAAAUGCAAAGGCUAACUAUAUUACGGCAUAUUUCCAUUUAUUUGAACUAGAUAAUAAUUGCAUUGCAGAACAUAAAGAAAGAUCUGCUGCGUGGAGAUUUAGAUGUGCAAGAAUUUCCACAGAGCCCAAAUGUUAAGAUUAAAUAUUUGCUUAUUAUGAUAUUUCUAGAUCUAUUACAAUCCUGUCAGAAAUGAUUCACGGGGAAUGUUAUCAACUGGUUUUUGUUUUAAAAAUAAUAUUAAUUGGAAAAUUGAGGUUUGAUAGCAGUUACCAUAGUUUACUAAGCUCAGAAUGAUACUGGAUCCUGGUGUUCAGAAUUCCUUUCUUUACUUUGUCUUUGGUUACAUCAUCAUUAUGUUCGUAGAUCUCAGUUUGUUUGGUAAAGCUUUUCUGAUCGGCAUUGGGAUUUAACGUCUUUGGACUUUCAAAGCUAAAUAAACUCAGAACCCUCACCUUAGAGAAACUCCUCAGCAUGUUCCGUGGCACAAUCAAACAGACCCCAAGGCCUGUGAGACUUUGGACUAGCAGCAUAGACUGCUGUGCAUAGGUACUGUCUCUUUAUUUUUUUCUUUUCCUUUCUUCUCUGCCCCAUGCUUUUUGUGGCUGCAAUUGCUAGAAGCUGCUGUGGCUGGCAGAUGGCUCGCCAAGAGGAUAUCAAUCCUGCAACCCAUGUUCAGAAGAAGAAACUUUAGUCUGUUUUUACUUUUAGUUUCUUGACCAAGAAGUAGCAGGACUGUUAAAUUUGUAGGUUCUUAAAUAAGUUAUGGCUCUACUAAGCGUUUAAAGCCAGUCUGAAAGUAUUGUUGUUGUUUAAGAGUUUAUUAUUUUUUGUUUGUGUUUUAUAGUGAAUACAUAUGGUUUUGGAGAUUUGGGAAUGACUGAGACUGUUAAAUGUUAAGUAGGGUUAGUUAAUAUUUUCAUAUCGGUUUUUAUUUGUAUAUCACUGUUAUCUUUGG